AUGCCGGGAGCUACCUGGGCUGCAUGGAGAGGCGGGCAGAGGUGGCAGGACGCACGGCUCGGGCUGGGACCCUGCGGAGCGGUGCGCGCCUCCCUGCGCGCUGGGCCCGCGGCCGCCGAGCCGCUAUAUAUAGCCGAUAGCCACCCCCCCGCCCCCUUCUACUCCCGCAGGGGGCCGUUCGCGUUCGCCUGGGCGCCCGGGGCGCUGUGGCGCUCGCGGCGGCUGGUCUCAGGCCGCCUGCCAAUCAGGACUGGGGGAGGGAAGGCGGUCGGGGCCCAGCACCGCCGCGGCCACCUGGAGGGUCCCCGGCCCCCGCCCCUGCCCACGGACCUGGGGGUCCCGACCCUGGCGUCUCCUCCGCUCUUGUCUUUCCGCCCCAAGUUUGGCCUCUUGCACUUUGCCCCUGCCUGUCGGGUCUCUUACCUGAAGAGGCUGCGGCCACCUCCCAGCAGCCCCGCCCAGCCGCCGCCGCAGGGGGCCUGGAGUCACCUACCCCCAGCUGCCACCAGCGCCUGUGACCAGGAGGGUCCACAGGAGCUCAGAGCCUUUGAGCAGCGCAGUCAAGAUCCCCAGGUGGCCGACAGCAAAGGCGGGACACACACUCGGGCGCUGGACACCAAACCAGACUGUUUCCUCACGUGCCAAGUGGAGCUCGUGUCUGCCCGGGGUGCUCAGGCCAAACCUCAGCUCACCCUGCGGAGCGUGGCUGGUGGGGCUGAGCACCAGGAAGGCUGGGGUCGGAGCAUCAGAGGCGUGGUCAGGGCGUGGCUCACGCACCCCGACACUGGGAUCCACCCUCUUCCCCUCAACCUCCGGGUCAGUUGCAGCAGUAGGAAAGGGGGGCUACUGGUUCUCUCUGCCAGGAAGAAGCUACUGGACUGGAGCCAACAUCCAGCUGUGAGCCCGUGCAGGUCCCGGCUGGGCUGCCAUGACCACGGCCCCACGGAGGGCAGUCCAGUGGCCACACAGGGCCCCUGCCCUGCUCCCACCUUCCAGCAUCGCUCUGGGAGGAGCCGGGAGCCUCAGGCCCAGGAGGAGCCGAACUCGGGGCUGAGACUCACCACCUGUGCCCCCACCACCCCUGCCACCACCAGGAAGAGGCUGGAACUUCUAGAAUCCGGGAACCGUCAGCUCCUGGGACCAGCACAUGGCUCCCCCAAGGGGCUGGCAGCCCCCUCCGCCCCUCCCCUGCCCUGCCUCCCCACUCGCUUGGAGCUGCGAUUUUGA